AUGGACGACUCUGAGCCCUUCUUGCCGGCGAAAAUCGAAGCCUCUGAAGACCAUUAUCACUCUCUGAAUUGGCUUUUACCACGACGGCGCGCAACUGACAGAAUCCUCAAAUCGGCAAUUGUGUCCCACCUGGCGGUUUUUGUUGCGACUACGCUUUUGUGGGGAGGCAUUUUCCUUCUCGCCGCACAUUUCUCCCCAGCAGUGAUCCACCACCCGGAGAUGUCUUCGAACACCGCCGUGGAAAACUCACCCGCGCACACCAACCAUGUCGGAAAGCUGUUGGCCAACGAGGUCGACUAUCUGACCUGCGGCGCAACCCGCGAGGAAGCCAAGACUCGGGGGUGCAUCUACGACACGCUGAGCAACGCCUGGAUCCCCGGCCAGUGUCAGGAUGACUUCUCGGUCAUGGAGUACGAGCUCGACGGGUCCUGGUACCCCUUCGCCGACGUGAACAGGACAUUACCGCUGCGCAAGGAGGAACUGGGGGAUCUGGAUUUCUACUACACCUCGCUGCGGGAUCACAUUGUACACUGUGCCGCGCUCUGGAGGAGGCAAUUCCGCGCGUGGUCGGAGGGCUGGCGGUAUCUCGACGACGUGCUGGUGGACCCGGUCCAUACGAUGCAUUGCUCCAAGUACCUGGUGGACUGGACAGAUAAAUUCGAGAACGAGUACCGGACGACUGCCAUCAAGGUCCACGUCGGCCACGUGGGCUGUCAUGUAUUAGCUUGA